AUGUCGCUUUUCUCCCAUUUUCAGGAUUUGGAUUUUGAUCCCACACCGAACUACAAACUCGAUUUCGAUUGGUCCGCUUCAUCACGUGCUCUGCCUCCUGUUCCGCAUCAACCUGUGACCACAAUGAGGCGCUACAAUCCGUCGAACAAUCGACAACCACACUGGGUCAGUGAAGCCAAGCACAUGCGAUGGAAUAAUGGACCGGAUCGAAUGCCUAGUUCUACCAUCACUCAGUUCGCACGUAAUCCAACCUCUUACAAAGCGACCAGUCAAACGUAUCCGAAUUUCGAAAAGCUGGAUCACAGAGAUGCAGAUGAACACUCGGUAAUGAGUGUUUCCUCAGUAGACUCCGCCAUGACAGACACGGAGAAAAUGAAAACUGGACUGCUCAAGGAACAACAAGAUAUUCUGGCCGCUCUGCGUUCCCGAUCAUCAUAUGUGCGGUUUUUCUCGCCCCUAAAGAAACGAAUUGAGGAGCACAGUAAACGUGUUUUUGCCUCCGUACGGACUGAUCGGUCACACGGUGCGGUGGACACAACCGUGUGUACGUACAAUUUGGCUCUGUUGGUGCAAGACCUGACAGUGAUACAUCAGAUUUGUGGUCUUCUGACCACCUCAUCGAAAGAUUCACCGGAUGCCGGUCUGACAAGAAAAUUCCUAUUGCUCCGUAAAACUGCUGAAGAUGUGACUGCUCGACUGGGCAGUAUUGUCCGCGAGGUAGAGUCACACAGUUCCCCUAAUUCCGGCGAAUUGCCUCGAUUACUCCAGCUGGUAUCACAGACUGUGGAAUCAUUGGAUGCGGCCGUUUUGGCCAAUGCACCACUACUGUUUAGUCCCACGAAAGUUCUGCGUCGAGCUAACUCCAGUCACCGACCAUACAUGCCCGAUCGAACUCUGGAAACGACCCGGUCGUUAAGUAGCUCUGUGCCUCAGUUAAAUGAAUUAGACAAGGCCAAAGUGAAUGCUGGAUUGGAAGAGCUGAAACGUCUUGAUCCGCAACAAUUCAAGACGUUCCAGAAUGGCAUACAAUCAUUAAAGCAACGAUGUGAUACCAGUACCAGUCUAGCUCACAGAUUCCUAAAGGAGUUACAGGAUCACGACUGGUCUCCGAAUUCAAACAAAGACCCCAAAUCGCCACUAACUCCAAAUUUUCUAACCUUACAAGUAAAAAACACAUUGCAUCAAUCCAGUUUGUUGGUUCGCGCUAUCGCGGAGUUUUGCUCCACAGUGUGUGGCGUCGGAGAGAGUUUGACUUUGGUCGAUAAAAAUGAUUGUCGACGCAAGAUCGCAGUCGAACUGGAGAACAGGGGCAGCGCAAUUUGUGAAGCUCUGAAAGGUCUGGUCAUCCAGGCAAAAGAGGCCACUAGCCAUUUGCGAAGUGACGGUUUGGACCAAAUGGAUUCGACCAAGACUGUUUUACCAAUGCCCGGACCCGUGUGGCAACGGCUUCUGGGUUCUACUCGUAGUGUAUGUAUGAGUCUGACAGCGGUGAACAAAAUACUCUCCUCUUAUGUUGCUUCAGCGACUGAAUGA